UAAAACCUUAAGAUACAAUGUUGUUUCACUGGUCUCUUGUUUUGUCACUCCACUUUCUUUUCCUUUCUUUCACAUUUACUUCAUCUUUUCCUUUAACUCACCCAAAGUGUCAUCAAUAUGAAAGUCAAGCCUUGUUGCAAUUCAAGGAAGGCUUUAACAUCAAUAUGACUUCUUCUUCGGAUAAUCCACUGAGUUAUCCUAAAACAGCAUCCUGGAAUGCAAGCACCGAUUGCUGCUCAUGGGAUGGCAUUAAAUGUGAUGAACACACUGAUCAUGUUAUUCACGUUAAUCUUAGAAGCAGCCAACUCUAUGGUACAAUGGAUGCAAAUACCACUCUCUUUCGCCUUGUACACCUUCGACAUCUCGAUCUUUCAGACAACGACUUCAAUUACACUCAAAUCCCACCUAAGAUAGGCGAGCUUUCACAACUAAGAUAUUUGAACCUUUCUCAUGCCAUAUUAUCUGGAGAAAUUCCACCACAAAUUUCACAGUUGUCCAAAUUGUUGUCUCUUGAUCUAAGUGUCUUUGCCCAACCAUAUUCUAUAACUAGUGAAGUCUAUCUGUUGCAACUCAAACAUUCCAGUCUCAGAAGCAUAAUUCAGAACUCAACAAAACUUGAGAUACUUCAACUUAGUUAUGUGACUAUUUCAUCCCCUUUACCAAACACAAUCACAAAUUUAACUUCGUUGCAAGAACUACGUCUUUUCAAUUCUGAACUGCAUGGUGAAUUUCCAGUUGGAGUAUUUCAUCUCCCAAACUUGAAAAUUAUGGACUUGAGAUAUAAUCCAAAUCUAAAGGGUAGGUUGCCAGAGUUUGUGUCUAGUUCACUCACCAAGUUAGGACUAGAGUAUACAGGUUUCUAUGGUACACUCCCUGUAUCCAUUGGAAAGCUUAGUUCUUUAAAUAUCUUAUUAAUUCAUGGUUGUCAUUUUUCGGGCUAUAUUCCUUCUUCUCUUAGCAACCUCACACAACUCGUGCAUAUAGACCUUGAAUAUAACAAACUUAGGGGUGACCCUUCUGCAUCCCUGGCAAAUCUUACCAAACUUAGAAACAUGUUUGUUGGUCAUAAUGAAUUUACUUUUGAGACCAUAUCAUGGAUUGGUAAGCUCUCAUCGUUAAUUGCAUUGGGGAUAUCCUCAGUCAAUAUUGGUAGUGACAUCCCAUUAUCUUUUGCAAAUCUAACCCAACUAGAAAUAUUAAUUGCGCAAAAUAGCAACAUAAAAGGUGAAAUUCCAUUUUGCAUGAUGACCCUUACAAAUUUAGUUGGCUUGAGUCUAUCCCACAAUUUUUUGUCUGGAAAGCUAGAACUUAACAUGUUUCUCAAACUGAAAAAUCUAAUUUUUCUUGAUUUAUCAUUCAACAAACUGUCAUUGUACAGUGGCAAAAGUUUGUCCCAUAUGACUAAUUUUGGAAUUCAAAUCUUACAAUUGGAUUCUUGCAAUUUAGUUGAGAUUCCAAAAUUUAUAAGAUACUCCACUAAUUUAGGAUAUCUUAGCUUGGCAUAUAACAAUAUAACAUUUCUACCUAGUUGGUUAUGGAGAAAAGAAAGUCUACAAAUUUUAGUUCUUUCUAACAAUUCAUUGACAGGAGAAAUAUCCCCAUCCAUAUGCAAUCUCAAAUCACUCAUUCAUUUUGAAUUGUCGUUCAACAAUUUAAGCGGAAAUGUUCCCUCAUGUAUAAGCAACUUUAGCCCAAAUCUAGAAGUUUUGACGUUACGAGGGAACAAAUUGUCUGGUCUCAUUCCUCACACAUACCGGAUGGAUAAUAAUGUUAAGAUGAUGGAUUUCAGCGACAACAAUCUUCAAGGUCAGUUGCCAAGAGCAUUGGUCAACUGUGGAUGGCUAGAGUACUUUGAUAUUAGUCAUAACAAUAUCAACGAUUCUUUUCCAUUUUGGCUGGGAAAGCUACCUGAGUUAAAGGUAUUGGCUUUAAGUGACAAUGAAUUUCAUGGAAACAUUAGGUGCCCUGAUAACAAGACAUGCACAUUUCCCAAGCUUCACAUCAUUGAUCUUUCUCACAAUGAUUUCUCUGGGAGUUUUCCAUCAGAGAUGAUCCUGACUUGGAAAAUAAUGAAAACAUCCAACACAAGUCAAUUACAGUACGAGGAAACAUCAAUGUUCUUUCCGUCCUACAAGCCAGGAGAAUAUUCGAUGACCUUAAAUAUUUCUUACUCAUUCACAAUGUCAAACAAAGGGAUCACCAUGGUUUAUGAUAAGCUUCAGGAGUUUUACAAGAUGAUAGCCAUUGAUAUAUCAAGCAACAAAAUCAGUGGAGAGAUACCAAAAAUCAUAGGUGACUUGAAGAAUCUUCUUUUGCUUAACUUGUCAAAUAACAACCUUGUUGGUAGCAUUCCAUCUUCCUUAGGGAAGCUUUCAGAACUUGAAGCACUUGACCUUUCUUUCAACAGUCUUUCGGGAAAGAUUCCCCAAGAGUUGACACAACUCACCUUUCUGGAGUUCUUUAAUGUGUCCUUCAACAAUCUCACAGGACCUAUACCACAAAAUGCGCAGUUUUCAACAUUCCAAGGCAACUCAUUUGAGGGUAACCAAGGUUUGUGUGGGAACCAAUUGUCAAAGAAGUGUACAGAUCAUCCACAACCUUCUGCCUCUAAUGAUGACGAUGACUCAGAAUCUUUGUUUGAAAUUGGGUGGAAAGUUAGUCUGAUUGGGUAUGCAGGCGGUCUUGUUGCUGGAGUGGCAUUGGGAAUCACUUAUAGCUCACAAGUACUUUGGUGGCUUAAAAAGUUCUUUUGAGUUAAAAGGAUCUUUAAAAGUUUUCUCUUUCUUUUGUAUUUUAUUUCCUUGUGUUUUUGUGAAUUCCUAUAGUAACAAUGUAUUUUGUUUGUAUUUUAUCUCUUGUUUGUCUGAAAUAUUAUGAAAAACUAGUAAGUUCAACAAAUGUUUUGUUAGUGAAAUCUCUAAACUAUAAUAUACUAUUUUAGUACU